AUGCCUAAUAUGCCAAUACAUCCCCAGUUCUUUAACAACAAUAUGCCUCAACAACAACAACUUCACCAGUUUGGUUUGCCCAAUAUCAACCACUUGCUUCCAACCCUCUUGGGGAAUCUUCAGUUUGCAGUUGCUAAUAACAACCUUAUGGGUCACUCACUUCCCUUAGUUCAACCCAAUUUUUUCCGACCGCCUCUUGAACCUUCUGCUUUCACUUCUCGGCCACAGCUUAAUUCCUUUAAACCCCAAAGUUAUCCUCCGGCUCCAAAUCCCCAUCAAACCCACCAAUUGCAGCGGCCUCCCGGUUUCGCACCGCCACGACCACAGUUGAAGGGGCAGUCUGGAGGAAUUGUGAACAACAACAAUGGUUCCAAUUCUAAUGGGAAUGAUUUUCGAAACAAAUUUACAAAACAUCAGAAAUUCAAAGGCACUGGUCAAGGAUUCCAGAGAUCCCAGUCGCACCAAGCAAAUAAUGCAAAGAAAAAGUUUGGGUUCAAUAAGGAUCGCAUGGGUAAAGGGAGCUACAAUAAGAUGGCAAGUGGGCUUGAUGGUAACAUAGCUAAGGAGAAGAUAAGGAUUAGGUCAUAUGCUUUGCUCUAUACCAAAAAAGAAAUCCAGCAAUGGCGUGAAUCUCGGCCAACUCCAUGA